AUGGCAUCUGGUGUGUCUGCCCCUCGUGGUCUAGUCCCAGCGACCCGCCGCCGCCCAGCCGGAGGAGACAAUGCCGCCAGGACGGCGAGCGCAAAAGGGAGGCAACCACGGCUCCACGGAGCAGUACCACCACCCGCAGGCGACCGGCCGCGGCGAGGUCGCCCCGCCGCCGUUCCCCGCCCCUACCGAUGCAGCGUUCGAGGUACUGUAUUUCCCCCCUCUCCUUCCUUAAUCCUUCCUUCCUUCCCCCAAUCUUCGAUCCAACCAAAGAGAACCAAAACCCCAAACAAACCCUCUCUUUCCCUCUGCUCCGACCCUGCCAUCCGCAAGCGCUCCCCGCAGACCCUCUCCGGCUUCUUCUUCAACAGGACCCGCGGCGGCCUCACCUUCCGCAACCUGUCCGUCGGAGGAAGCCGCAGAAGUACCCCUCUGAUCGACCCCAAACUCCCUUUCCUGCGCGGCACCUACAAGCGCUUAGAGGUCGAGCAGGGCUGCGGCAGCGUCCUCCUCCUGAGAUGCUGGAAAUCGUACACGAAGCGGAACAAGGACAAGUACGACCACGUCGUGUGCAACCCUGCAACCGAGGAGUGGAGGGUGCUGCCUCUCAUAGUGUUGCCGGACCAGGAGAAGCCGGACGUCCUUGUGUUCUACGAUGGUGAUUAAGAUUUCUUCCUGGGUUUCGAGGCGGCCACCCCUUCCCGAUUCGUGGUAUUUGCGCCCCUGACGAACUCUUUCUGCGAAUUCGGACAAGUCGCGGUCUACUCCUCCGAGACUGGGCGAUGGACUGCUCUGCCGAAUGAGUGGGGGUGGAAGACUGUCCUUCUUGGUGGUCCGCAGUGUGUCUUCCUGAAUGGCAUCAUGCAUCUGAGCACCCAUUAUGCUUCGAUAGUCACUGUCGACACGGAGGGGAAGAAAUGGGGGGAAAUCGAUUGGCCAAAGGACAUGGUGGGCACAUCUGAGGUUGUUACCAUUGGGAAGUCUCAGGGACUUUUGCAUGCUUGGCAGAUAGAUAAUGACAAUGAUUCCCAGCUCUAUGUUUGGGUCCUUGAGGAUUAUGCAAGUGGGAAGUGGACCCUGAAGCAUGCU